AUGACAUACUACUUACUGAUUAAGGAUCUUGGAGACUUACAUUAUUUUCUUGGUUUGGAGGUUCUUCGAGAAUCACAUGGCCUGAUUGUUUCUCAACGCAAAUUCACCCUUGAUCUCAUCUCUGAUUACAAUUGUGGUCAUUUACCCUCUGCUUCAUCUCCUUUGGAUCCAUCUUGCAAACUUUCUGCCGAUUCAGGGGAUUUGCUUGCCGACCCCUCCUCUUAUCGCAGGAUUAUUGGAAAAUUGAACUAUUUUACUCAUACUCGCCGAGAUCUCUCUUUUGUAGUGCAACACUUGUCUCAAUUCCUGCAAGCUCCUCGACUUCCACACUUCAAAGCAGCCCCUUGGGUAUAUCUUCGCAAAGAUCCUGGUCAACCGCUUUUUAUGACUGCUCAUCCAUCUUUUUCUCUCAUUUCCUUUUGCGAUGCUGAUUGGUCAUCUUGUGUAGAUUCUGGGAGGUCUAUAAGUGGUUAUUUUAUCAGCCUUGGAGGCUCACCCGCUUCUUGGAAAUCCAAAAAGCAAGCUUCUAUUUCUCUAUCUUCAGCAGAGGCUGAAUAUCGUUCAAUGAGGCAUCUUGUUACUGAGUUAACAUGGCCGGAUCGUCUCCUCAAUGAUCUUUCAGCUCUUCCGACUCUCCCUAUCCCGGCUCAUUCCAUCAGGCAGCACUCCAUGUCGCUCGGAAUCCGUGUUUCAUGA